GUUGGGGCUGGGAUUUCGCAGGGAAAGCCCAGCGGUUGCAGCUGCGGCGGAUCCCUAGGCACUGCCCACCGUGUGGCCGGGAACCCUAGGGCCGGCAGCAGCUCUGCAAAGUCGUGGAGCUAGAGGAGGCCGAGCGCCUGCAAAGUGGUCGGGCUCAGGGCUGGGACUGGGCUGGGAGAGGUGUGCCCAGAGAACCUGGAUCUCGGCGCCCUUCGGCCUCGCGUGGAGUAGUCGGUGCAGCCGGGAGGCGUGCUGCUGCCCUGGAAAGAGAAAUCAAAUUACAGCCUCCCCAAAGACGCCAAGUUACGCAGGCGAACCGGUUCCCGGAGAGCGUUCGCGAGAGCGCAUAGAUAGAGCAGCGCAGUGCCGCAGAGCCCUCCCGGGCCAGCCGACCAGGAGCCGGGCGCCGUCCCAUAGGCAGCGGCCCGCGAGCGCCGGGUUCGUCCCGGAGUGCGCCGGGUGCAGAGAGGGGGCGUGCAAGGCUCCGCCGGCCCGCCAGCCUGCCUGCAGCCCGCGCCCGACUUGGGCGCCCCCUCUGUCCCACUCUGGGAGCGAUGCCCCCCGCCCCUCGCGCCCCCCGGGAACCACGCGAGCAUGGAGAAGUCGAGUAGCGAGGAUUCUUCGAUUCACCGGAGUCCAUCUUUGGACAGCAAGGACUCGGACUUUGGCAAGCCGUCCACCUCGGGUCGUCCGUUUGGCCGCGGCUUCACUGCUGGCGCCUUCUACGGCACCGCGGGCUCGCGGGGCCAGAGCCGCGCUGAGGCAGGCGUUAAGACUGACAAGUACAAUGCACCCAAAGGCAGCAAGUACGUGGUGUUUUACCUGGACCUGUCCUUUGUGUUCCUCCUAGAAUUUAAGAAGUGCAACAUGGCCAGGGGCUGCCUCUGCUGCUUGAAGUACAUGAUGUUCCUCUUCAAUUUGAUAUUCUGGCUCUGUGGCUGCGGGCUGCUUGGAGUGGGCAUCUGGCUCUCUGUGUCCCAAGGCAACUUUGCCACCUUCUCCCCCAGCUUCCCCUCGCUGUCUGCAGCCAACCUAGUCAUCGCCAUAGGAACCAUUGUCAUGGUGACGGGCUUCCUUGGCUGCCUGGGGGCCAUCAAGGAAAACAAGUGCCUCCUCCUCAGUUUUUUCAUUGUCCUGUUGAUCAUCCUCCUAGCAGAGUUGAUCUUGCUCAUCCUCUUCUUUGUCUACAUGGACAAGGUGAACGAGAAUGCCAAGAAGGACCUGAAGGAAGGGCUGCGGCUGUAUAACACCGAGAACAACGUGGGGCUGAAGAACGCCUGGAACAUCAUCCAGGCCGAGAUGCGAUGCUGUGGAGUCACCGACUACACGGACUGGUACCCUGUCCUGGGGGAGAACACAGUUCCUGACCGCUGCUGCAUGGAGAACUCCCAGGGCUGUGGGCGAAAUGCCACCACGCCCUUGUGGAGAACGGGCUGCUAUGAAAAAGUGAAGAUGUGGUUUGAUGAGAAUAAGCACGUGCUCGGCACGGUGGGAAUGUGCAUCCUCAUCAUGCAGAUCUUGGGCAUGGCCUUCUCCAUGACCCUGUUCCAGCACAUCCACCGGACGGGUAAAAAAUACGAUGCGUGAGCGGGCUGGCGGGGUGCCCCAGCCCCCACCUGGACGCUGUGCAAGGGAAGAGGAUUUGAGCUUCGUCUCCCGCCUGUGCCCUCCAGACUGCCACCCUGCCCCCACCUUUCCAGCCUGCCCUCCCCCUGCCCACCCACCUCAGCCUCAGACUUCUUGGAGGGCGGAGGGCCCAGUGGGAGGCAGCACGCAGAGACCUAGGGGCAUGGACGCCUGGAUUCCUGCAUCUGCGUAUUUGCCAAAGACGACAGGGUGGGCUGGGUGACAUGGAGGAAGAAGUCCCCAGCACUGAUGGGUUUCUACCCGCUGCCCUUCCUCACACUGACACUUUGUCCCCAGGUGGGCUGGGGAGCAGAGCGUUACCCCGGGGGAGAGACUGCCCCUGAGGAGACCACUGCCGUCCAUACUGCCCAGCCAGAGAGCUGGCCAGGGCGGGGUCUGACCGCCGCCCCCUGGAGCAUCUUGCCCAGGCUUUUUAUACCAUACUGUGUAACUUUUUUAUUUUAUUUUACUCUGAUUACGAUUAUUCAGGAAUAUUAUCUCUCAGAUAAGUUUAGGGUUAGCUUUUCUGAUUUAUAACUUUUUACUGUGUUGAUUUCUUUAACGGUUUGAGUUCCUUCUCCUGUGGGUGAGGAUGGGUGGGGAGACGGGACAUCCAUCCAGUUUCCAUCAGGACACUCCUGAGGCUGCUGGGUGGGACGCGCCAGGUUUUGCCUGAAAUGUACUGAGAGGGAGGGGGAAUGACUAGCAUGUGGCCCCCUGAGGCCUGGCAUCUGUGAAUAGGGGCUCAGGAAAGGCAGGAGAGACAAAGCAGCAUCAUGUGGGCAUGACAGGGCAUCCUGCACAGGGGCAGUGGCAUUUGCUGACCAAACCAGGGAGGCCAGAGCAGUGGCCGGGUGGGUGUGGGUCCUCUGGGGUGGGUGACUGGUGAAGGGCUUUGCCAGGACAGUGGCUGGAGCUGACAGAGUCCUUGCACUUUUCUAUGGUGAGCAGUUUUUAGUGUGGCCUUCUUCCUCCCUCUCCUCUGUUGGCCUGGGUGGCUUUCCCUCCCACCCAUGCCCAGGUCCCAUAACCCCUGUUACUUUCACAGACAUUCCUGCUGCAGACUCUCGGACACAUACCUCUAGUUCAGGAACUGCUCACGUUCAUUCUCACAUACCUUAGGAGAUGGAAGCAGUCCUCACAUUCAGCUGCUCACAUGGUGGCAGAGGACCCAGGCCCAUCAGGAGGGGGAGGCAGAACUGGCACACAUGACUGUCCCUGCCAGAUUCAUCCAGCUGCUGACUGCCUUGCUCAGGGUGAGGGACAGGACCGUAUGGGCCCAGGACCAUCUUCUUGCAGGGUUUCAUUGCUGUCAGCAGAUGGGUUGGUGGUCACCAUAUCUUUUGUCAUCCCAAGGAGAUGAAAUACAGAAAACCCCAGAGGUCAGGGCAUCAUGUCACAGCAGUCCCAGGGAAGAGAGUAGCUGGUCCUUGGUUGCACAGUCCUGGGUGUGGAGACCAGCAGGCUGGCAGGGUUUUUAGCUGUAGCAGGGCACCCCUGCCAGAACCGAUGCUCAUCUACUUUAAUGUUUUACAGUUCAAAAGUCAAGAAUUCACAGGACUGAGCUUGAAAAGGUUACUAUGGGCUAGCUGGGAGCCAGGCAGGGCACUGGAUGGGGCCUUGUGUGGGCGGCUGCCUAUCCCUGCUCAUUAUCUAGAUUCCUCACUGGGCCCAGGUCUGCACAAAACUCCACCUGCCUUGUCUGUUCCCAGAGCUGAGAUGUGCCACCAGUCAGCCAAUAACUCUCUAUCCGCCUUCAGUGACAUAGAAAUCGGGACCAGGAGUGCAGAACUUUUGGUGUGUUCAGGAUUCAUGUUUUGGGGGUGGGAAUGGAGAACAGAGUGGUCUCAACAAGUUGGGCAGAGUGAAGACCACUUCCCUGAGACAAGAGCAUGGUGCUGAUGGACAUCGCAGGAAGGCCGGUCCUGGGGGAGUGUGGGGCAGGCAAGGUGGCUGCUCUGGCCUGUUCUGGUAAGGAGCAGCAGCUGCCUCCCUAGGGACCCCAAAAUGCAGAGACACUUAGCAAAUGAGUGCUGGAGCACAUGGUGGGACCUAGUGCAUAUGAGUUUUUGGUGAGGGUGGGUUGGGUUCAUUUAUGCCUAUCAAUGCAAUUCUUAAUUUUUGUUAAUACCUACAACAAAAGCCUAGUUUGUUGGGAGGUGUCUAGCCUCCCUGGCAAUCUUGUUUCUGGAGAGCUUCAGGGUGGCCUCUGACCCUAGAGCCUUUGCCACAGUCCCUCCUUCCCACUGCCCCUGCCAGCCCCUUCCUCAUCUGUUUGCAGAGCAUUGUCCACAGGUCCCCAGACUACCUUCUUGCCUCACCCGUGUGGCUGUUCUGUCAUGUGUCUGAGUCUACAUGGUGUGGAAGUCUCCAUGCAAGGGCAGGUGUUCUCUUGAACCCCUUGUUCAUCCUGCAGAAUGGUCCCUACACUGUCCAAAAGGCCACCCUGAGUGAUGCCAGGAAUGUGGCUCAGUGUCUUCUCAGUUUCUCCUGAUUAUGAUCUCAUUGGGGCCAAAUCCCGCUGAGUGAAUUCCCUCCCUUGCCAAAGUCAGAGUGAGUUCAAUUAGGUCUGAUGCAAGCAAUUUACAGACCUGACUCACAAAGUCCCUUAGGGUUUGCAGGCGACUUCAAGGGAAUGCCUGAUGUAGACUCAGCCUUUCCCUGAAGCCAUCUUGCAGAGGAGGUGAACUCAAGGCUGAGAACUGCCUUGGGGCGGCUGGCAGCCAAUAUCAGGGUGCAGGUCUGCCCUGCACAGCCAUGCCCUCUGAGCUGGAUCAGUGCCACCAGCCUCCCUGCCCACCUGGGCCUGCACCUUGGGCCCUUGCCCUGGAAAGGUUGCUGAUCACACCCUAGACCUCCUUGCACAUGCUGUGGUUGGACUUGAAACUAGGUAGCCAUGCCUCCAGACUUGGGUGGCUACAGAGCAGACCAGGUGGAUGGAAGUGACUGUUCUCUCCUCUCCAGCCCCCUGCCCACCCUCUGGUGGAGGUGCUAACUAGCAGGGACAUGGCACAGGAUGGGAGCUGGGUGUCAGGUGCUUGGGGUCUUUCUUUCCUCCCUCAGUCCCUCAGAGUCCAGCGACCCCUCUGUGUUCCUGUUCUCCCAUUUCCCUCCUCUACUGCAGUGAGGCAGUGGUCCAGCGUGGGUCCUGGCCUCCCUGCCUUGAAUAGUCACUCUGAGGAGGGUGGGCCUCCUGUCCACCCCCUGCCCACCGCCCUGGGGCAGCACAGGAGAGCCUGGAGUGCACGCUUGUUGGUUUCAAAUGCACUUUUCUGCUUGCAGUGCCCCACACGUGCGUCCCUUCAUCCCUGGUCCUGGCUUUAUUGAGCACCAUGUUUUUAGCAUGUUUUUAAAUAAAAAUUGAUAACGUGUCAAAAGCACAA